AUGGCUCCCGCUCGUAAGGGAAAGGCUAAGGAGGAACAGGCUGUCGUGUCCCUCGGACCGCAGGCCAAAGAAGGAGAGCUCAUCUUCGGAGUUGCUCACAUCUUCGCCUCGUUCAACGACACCUUCGUUCACAUCACUGAUAUCUCUGGUAAGUUUUCAUUGCCGUUUUUAGGAUGCAAUUAUUCCAAAAAUGUUUUGGAAACCAGAAAACAACGUUGUUUCCUUUCAGGACGUGAAACCAUCGUUCGUGUCACCGGAGGAAUGAAGGUCAAGGCUGAUCGUGACGAGUCGUCGCCGUACGCUGCUAUGCUCGCCGCUCAGGACGUUGCCGACCGUUGCAAGCAGGUAAAUAUUAUUUUUGUCCGUCAAAAUAUUUAUAUUUCCUGUUUUCAGCUCGGAAUCAACGCUCUCCACAUCAAGCUCCGCGCUACUGGAGGAACCAGAACUAAGACCCCAGGACCAGGAGCCCAAUCUGCUCUCCGUGCCCUUGCUCGCGCUGGAAUGAAGAUCGGCAGAAUCGAGGACGUUACUCCAAUUCCAUCCGACUGCACCAGAAGAAAGGGAGGUCGCCGUGGACGUCGUCUCUAA